AUGGAAGAGAUGUGGUUGUUGUGUGAUUAUAAGGGUAAGCAGUUUGAUGUGAGGGUGGAAGAUGUUGACUUAACUAGUAUUUUGGAUUUGUUCAAUGAGAUACAUGAUGAGUCUGUCAAGCAAGGUGUGUGGUUGCCUGAAAAUUUUAGAGUCUAUUACAAGCAUCCUAGGACCAAAAAACUAGUGGAGUUGUAUGAUGAUCCACAUCUUUCAAAUAUGUGGGGUGGGUUUGUAGGAUUGGAUACUGUUGAGAAAGUAGGUGCUGUAAAGAAAAAGGGAGCAAAGAAGGGGUUUAAAACUGCUAAAACCACUGCCAAGAGGGUUGGUACAUAUGUACCAAAGACUAGGAGAUCAGAGAGAGGGGUUAGAAAGCCUAGAAAUCCUCCCCAACAACCUGAGCAUCAACUUGAGCAUAGGGAACCUGAACUAGCAGAAGAAUCUGAAGAUGAUGAUGAUGAUGAUGAAGAUGAUGAUUAUGUUGGGGAAGAAGGGAGUUCAGAGGAUGAGGGUUAUGAUUUACAAGUAGAGGAUGAAGUUGAGGGUGAAGAACUGGAUGUAUUGCUAGAGAAAGAAUUUGAGGAUUACUUGGAUGGUGGGUCAGUUUUUGAUAAGUUGUACACAAAUGGUACAUUUGUGGGAGAGAUGCUUUUUGGGCAGGUGAAGCUUGAUCAGUGGAUGAUAUUUUCAAACAAAGAUCACUUCCUUGGAGUGUUCAAGGACUACUGUAUUCAAGAGGGGUUUGCAGUGAGGGUUGAGAAGGCUGACAACCUUAGGUUCACUGCUAGGUGUAUAAUAGAGGACUGUGAGUGGAGAAUUCAUGCAUCCAAACUGAUGGAUGGCAUUAGUUGGGCCACAAAGUCUGUAAUAGGUGAGCAUAAGUUGUGUGGGAGAAUGGAGGAGAACCCAAUGGUUACCAGUGUUUCGUUAACAAGACGUUUGGGUGAUGUAAUUAGUGCAAACCCUGAUGUACCUGUGCACUCAUUACAGAAAAUGUGUUUGGAAAGGUUUAGGAUAAAUGUCAAGGAAAGGUUGUUAUAUAAGGUGAAGUGCAUGACAAAGGAGCAGAUGUAUGGGGGCUUUUCUGAAUCCUAUGGGCUGCUACCAGCAUAUGCUGAGAUGAUAAAGAGGACUAACACUGGUAGCUAUGCUUUGGUGACUUGGACAACCAACUCUUCAAACAACACACCAAAGUUCAAGGCUUGUUUCUUCUCAUUUGCUACUCAGUUCAAGGGGUUUCUAAGACGGUGCAGACCUAUUAUUGCAGUUGAUGGGACACAUUUAAGUGGGUUCUAUAAAGGAAUCUUGUUGACUGUUGUGGGUAUUGAUGGAAAUAAUGAAAUAUUUCAAAUUGCUUAUGGGAUAGUGGACAUAGAGAGCAAAGAUAGCUGGACCUAUUCUUUCAGAAACUUGAAGUUGGUUUUCCAGUCACAAGGUGUUAACAAGGAUGACUGGACAUUCAUAAGUGACAGGAUGAGGGGUGUUGAGGGAGCACUGUUGGAGAUUGCUGCUAAUGCCUACAACCUUUAUGUAUACAACAAAGCCAUGGAGAAGAUAACAAAGGUUGAUCCUAAAGCUACAGAAUAUCUGGACAAGGCAGAGGAGCAGUGGUCUAGGCAUGUAUUUGACCCUGUUGUGUGUUGUGAUCACAAGACAACAAAUUUUGUUGAGUCUUUCAAUGCAUGCAUAAAACCUUUCAGAGAUCUCCCUGUUCUCACUUUGUUGGAAGAAAUUAGGGGUUGGUGCAUGAAAAAAAUGGGGGCAAGAUUUGACAGAGCUGUUGACAUGGAACCCACUGACCUCACUGAGUAUGCCACUAAAUUGUUGGAGGUCAGGGCUGAUGAAAGCAGAUUUUUCCAUGUUGUGGAAGCUGGUGGAGGGGAGUUUGAGGUGCUGGAUGAUCAUGUGCACUUCCCUAUUAGGCUAGAAACUAGGACAUGUGGUUGUGGCAAAUGGCAGGGCACUGGUAUACCCUGCAAACAUGGUUUGAGGGUUAUUUUUGACCAGAGGCUUAACUCACAUGACUAUGUCUCUGAAUACUACAAGGGGGCUGCAUAUAAAGAGACCUAUGCAAGCCACAUACACCCCAUGCCUAACUCCUCUCAAUGGCCUGAGUUUGAACUCCCUGUAAUUCACCCUCCCCCAUUCAAAAGAUGUGCUGGAAGGCCUGCUAAACAGAGGAGGAGAGGUCCAAAUGAGAAGAAAAAAGGGAAGAGGAGCAGCACUAUUAAGUGUGGCAAGUGCAAAGAAGUAGGCCACAAUUCAAGGACAUGCAAGGGAGGGGCUACACAGAAGCAAAGAAAGGAAUCUGGUGCAUCAACAUCCCAACCACAACAAUCUGAAGGGAGGAAAAGAAAGGCUGCUGCUAGUCCAUCAACUUCCAAGGUGGAACAAAAAAACAAAGAAAGGAAGGCUACAGUUUGA